CCGCAAGCUGUGAGGACUGAAAGAGAAAGCAGCAGUUAAAAAUAGCUGCCGAUUCUACACCGUCAGGUUCCCAAAGCUCGAGGGUUUAAUCAUCACAGUCCUCACACAUAUUUACAGGGAGAGAAACUUCGAGAGAGAGAGAGAGAGAGAGAGAGAGCGAGUGAGAGGAGUAGGGUUAGGGCUCCAUUUCGACAGAGAGAGAAGAGAGAGAAAUGAGUAUAUGGAACUACGUCGUGACGGCUCACAAGCCGACCAACGUCACCCACUCGUGCGUCGGCAAUUUCACCAGCCCUCAGGAACUCAAUCUCAUCGUCGCGAAAUGCACUCGUAUUGAGAUUCAUCUGCUUAGUCCUCAGGGUUUGCAGCCUAUGUUGGAUGUGCCAAUAUAUGGUAGAAUUGCGACGCUUGAACUUUUUCGCCCUCAUGGUGAAGCACAAGAUCUCCUGUUCAUUGCAACAGAAAGAUAUAAAUUCUGUGUUCUUCAGUGGGAUCCUGACGCUGCUGAGGUUAUCACAAGAGCAAUGGGGGAUGUGUCAGAUCGCAUAGGUCGUCCUACGGAUAAUGGUCAGAUUGGCAUAAUUGAUCCUGAUUGCAGACUAAUUGGUCUACAUCUGUAUGAUGGAUUAUUUAAGGUUAUUCCAUUUGAUAAUAAAGGGCAGCUUAAGGAAGCAUUCAACAUCAGACUUGAGGAGCUACAGGUUUUGGAUAUCAAAUUUCUCUAUGGUUGCCCACGACCUACUAUUGUUGUUCUCUACCAGGAUAACAAGGACGCUCGUCAUGUCAAAACAUAUGAGGUUGCUCUGAAGGAUAAAGAUUUUGUCGAGGGUCCAUGGUCUCAGAAUAAUCUUGAUAAUGGAGCAGACUUGCUAAUUCCAGUACCCCCGCCUUUGUGUGGUGUUCUAAUUAUUGGAGAAGAAACAAUUGUAUACUGCAGUGCCUCUGCAUUUAAAGCAAUCCCAAUUCGACCUUCGAUCACAAGAGCAUAUGGAAGGGUUGAUGCUGAUGGUUCUAGAUACUUGCUUGGUGACCAUGCAGGGCUUCUUCACCUUUUAGUAAUAACCCAUGAGAAAGAAAAAGUUACUGGACUAAAAAUUGAGCUCUUGGGAGAAACUUCUAUUGCAUCUACCAUAUCAUAUCUUGAUAAUGCUGUUGUAUAUGUCGGCUCAAGCUAUGGAGAUUCACAGCUCAUAAAGCUAAAUCUCCAUCCAGAUGCAAAAGGGUCCUAUGUGGAAGUUUUAGAAAGCUAUGUCAAUUUGGGGCCAAUUGUUGACUUUUGUGUGGUUGACCUGGAGAGGCAAGGUCAAGGUCAGGUCGUAACUUGCUCUGGAGCCUACAAAGAUGGGUCUCUGCGGAUAGUUCGAAAUGGAAUUGGAAUCAAUGAACAGGCAUCGGUAGAACUUCAAGGCAUCAAAGGUAUGUGGUCACUAAGAGCAGCUACUGAUGAUCCAUAUGACACCUUCUUGGUUGUCAGUUUUAUUAGUGAAACACGGAUUUUGGCGAUGAAUCUUGAGGAUGAGUUGGAGGAAACCGAGAUAGAGGGUUUUUGUUCCCAAGUCCAGACUUUGUUCUGUCAUGAUGCUGUGCACAAUCAACUUUUACAGGUUACUUCAAGCUCUGUAAGACUGGUCAGUUCUAUCUCUAGAGAGCUGCGACAUGAAUGGCUUGCUCCAUCAGGCUUUUCGAUCAAUGUUGCUACUGCCAAUGCCACCCAGGUUUUAUUGGCUACUGGUGGUGGCCAUUUAGUUUACCUAGAAAUUGGUGAUGGGACAGUGACAGAAGUGAAACACGCACAACUGGAGUAUGAGGUCUCAUGCCUUGAUAUGAAUCCCAUCGGUGAAAAUCCGAACUAUAGUCAGCUAGCUGCUGUUGGAAUGUGGACCGAUAUAAGUGUUAUCAUAUUUUCUAUUCCUGACCUGAACCGCGUUACAAAGGAGAAUUUGGGAGGGGAGAUAAUUCCUCGCUCUGUUCUUUUAUGUUCAUUUGAAGGGAUAUCUUAUUUGCUAUGUGCGCUAGGGGAUGGUCAUCUCUUAAACUUUCUAUUGAACAUGAGCACUGGGGAGUUAACAGAUAGGAAAAAGGUGUCCCUUGGUACCCAGCCUAUAACACUCCGCACUUUCUCGUCAAAGAAUACCACACACGUCUUCGCUGCAUCAGAUAGGCCUACUGUCAUUUACAGCAGUAACAAGAAGUUACUUUACAGCAACGUAAAUCUGAAAGAAGUCAGUCACAUGUGCCCUUUCAAUUCGGCUGCUUUCCCAGACAGUCUUGCAAUUGCAAAAGAAGGAGAGCUGACAAUUGGCACCAUUGAUGAUAUCCAGAAACUUCAUAUCCGCUCCAUCCCCCUUGGGGAGCAUGCACGCCGUAUUUGCCAUCAAGAGCAGACUAGGACCUUUGCAAUAUGUAGUUUGAAGUAUAACCAAUCAAGUACGGAAGAGGCUGACAUGCACUUUAUUCGUUUGCUAGAUGACCAGACCUUUGAGUUCAUCUCAACUUACGCACUUGACCAAUACGAGUAUGCCUGCUCCAUACUUAGUUGCUCCUUUUCUGAUGAUGGUAAUGUGUAUUACUGUGUGGGGACAGCUUAUGUUAUGCCUGAGGAGAACGAGCCAUCCAAGGGUCGGAUAAUUGUAUUCGCAGUUGAAGAUCAGAAGUUAGUGCUUAUUGCAGAGAAGGAAACUAAAGGGGCUGUCUAUUCUCUUAAUGCCUUUAAUGGAAAGCUGCUCGCUGCUAUCAAUCAAAAGAUUCAGUUGUACAAGUGGAUGCUCCGGGACGAUGGCACCCGAGAAUUGCAAUCGGAAUGCGGACAUCAUGGACACAUACUUGCCCUUUAUGUUCAAACUCGUGGAGAUUUCAUUGUCGUUGGUGAUCUAAUGAAAUCUAUCUCCUUGUUAAUCUAUAAGCACGAGGAGGGUGCUAUCGAGGAAAGAGCGCGAGAUUACAACGCGAAUUGGAUGUCAGCGGUUGAAAUUCUCGAUGAUGACAUUUACCUUGGCGGCGAGAACAACUUCAACCUCUUCACCGUCAGAAAGAACAGCGAGGGGGCCACCGAUGAGGAGCGGGGCCGCCUCGAGGUGGUGGGCGAGUACCACCUUGGAGAAUUUGUCAACCGCUUCAGACACGGAUCUCUCGUCAUGCGCCUUCCAGAUUCCGACGUGGGCCAGAUCCCAACUGUAAUAUUUGGGACAGUUAAUGGGGUAAUUGGCGUCAUUGCCUCUCUGCCUCAUGAUCAGUACCAAUUCUUUGAGAAGUUACAGUCCAACUUGAGGAAAGUGAUAAAGGGCGUGGGAGGGUUGAGUCACGAGCAGUGGAGGUCGUUUUACAAUGAGAAGAAAACAUCGGAUGCCAAGAAUUUCUUGGAUGGAGAUCUCAUCGAAUCAUUCCUUGAUCUUGGGCGGGCCCGCACCGAGGAGAUUUCCAAGGCAAUGAAUGUUCCGGUGGAGGAGCUUAUGAAGAGAGUGGAAGAGUUGACAAGGUUGCACUAGUAAGACGACAUUGGUUCCUUUCUUAUUUUAUUUGUUUUAAAUCUGUAUCUCUUCACUUUUUUGCCUUUUUGUUUUGGCCUCUCUAGUUCUCAGAUUGGGAGCAGGCAUUGCUAUGCAAUGUGUAGUGUUGUAAAACAUAAGAUGAAUUGUUUAUGGUUUAGUGUACACGUGCUUGUAUAACAAGCUGGGAGUUUCGUUUCAAGGAAUAUUUAUGGAAGUGAACACCCAAAAGCAUUGAUUUCAUCAGUGCAAGCGGUUCAAUUUCAGGAAUUAUUUGCAUGAUCA